AUGAGUUACCGUGAGGAUUACCCACUCAAGGAUCCGAACCCACUGCUUGGAGAAGGAUGGCGCUUGGGAGGAACCGUCAAUGGGUGGCUGAGCGCCGACAAGUUUGCGAGCACCUACGACCUCGUGGAGCAGAUGUACUACCUCUACGUGCAGGUCGUGAAGGCCAAGGACCUUCAACCCAACCCCAUCACCAUGAGCUGCGACCCCUACGUGGAGGUGAAUCUCGGCAACUACAGGGGCACGACGAGGCACCUGGACAGGAAAACCAACCCCGAGUGGCAGCAGGUUUUCGCCUUCUCCAAGGAGCGCAUCCAGUCCUCCACGCUGGAGGUGUUCGUCAAGGACAAGCAGAUGGUGGGCAGAGAUGACUAUGUGGGAAGGGUGGUGUUCGACCUCAACGAGGUGCCCACCAGAGUGCCCCCUGACAGCCCGCUGGCCCCCCAGUGGUAUCGGCUGGAGGACCGCCGUGGUGAAGGGAAGGUGAGGGGGGAGAUCAUGCUCGCCGUCUGGAUCGGGACGCAGGCCGACGAGGCCUUCCCGGAGGCGUGGCACUCCGACGCGGCCUCCGUCCACGGGGAGGGAGUCACCAACAUCCGGUCCAAAGUCUACGUCUCCCCCAAGCUCUGGUACCUCCGAGUAAAUGUCAUCGAAGCCCAGGAUGUCCAACCGAACGUCAGGGGCCGGAUGCUGGAGGCCUUCGUCAAGGUCCAGGUCGGAAACCAGGUGCUCAAGACGAAGAUUUGCUCGCCCGCCACCCUCAACCCGCUCUGGAAUGAGGACCUCAUCUUCGUGGUGGCGGAGCCGUUCGAAGAGCAGCUGGUCCUCACCGUGGAGGACCGGGAGAGUCCGAGAAAGGACGCGGUGCUGGGGAAAGCCUCGCUGCCGCUGACAUUGUUCGAGAAGAGGCUGGAUCACCGGCCGUUGGUGCAGUCGCGCUGGUUCGACAUGGAGAAGUUCGGCUUCGGGGUCCUGGAAGGCGAGACGAGGAGGGAGCUCCGGUUUGCAAGCAGGAUCCACCUCCGCGUUUGCCUCGAGGGGGCCUACCAUGUCAUGGACGAGUCGACAAUGUACAUUAGCGAUCAGCGUCCCACCGCCCGCCAGCUCUGGAAGCCGCCCAUCGGGAUUCUGGAGAUCGGCAUCCUCGGCGCAAAGGGACUGCUCCCCAUGAAGCUGAAGGACGGCCGAGAAGCCACCGACGCCUACUGCGUCGCCAAAUACGGGCAGAAAUGGGUGCGGACCAGAACCCUCGUGGGCACAUUCAGUCCAAACUGGAACGAGCAGUACACUUGGGAGGUGUUCGACCCGUGCACGGUGAUCACCAUCGGGGUGUUCGACAACUGCCACCUGGGGAUCGGCGAGCGGCAUGCGAAAGAUACGAGGAUAGGGAAGGUGAGGAUCCGGCUCUCGACACUGGAGACCGACCGAGUCUAUACGCAUUCAUAUCCUCUCAUCGUGCUCCAGCCGUCGGGGGUGAAGAAGAUGGGGGAGCUACAGCUGGCGGUGCGCUUCACCUGCGUGUCUUGGGCAAACAUGGUCUACCUCUACGGCCAGCCGCUGCUGCCCAAGAUGCACUACCUGCACCCCUUCACCGUGAACCAGGUGGACAGCCUGAGGUACCAGGCGAUGAGCACCAUGGCGGCGAGGCUCGGUCGGGCAGAGCCGCCGCUGAGGAAGGAGGUGGUGGAGUACAUGCUGGACGUGGAGUCUCACAUGUGGAGCAUGAGGAGGAGCAAGGCCAACUUCUUCAGGGUCAUGUCGCUGCUCUCGGGGACGAUUGGCAUGUUCAAAUGGUUUGGCGACGUCCGGCACUGGAAGAACCCGAUCACGACGGUGCUCGUCCAUGUGCUGCUGCUGAUACUGAUCGGGUAUCCGGAGCUGAUACUGCCUACAGUAUUUCUGUACAUGUCCGUCAUUGGGUUAUGGAACUAUAGAUUCAGGCCUAGGCACCCACCUCAUAUGGAUACCAAGCUCUCAUGGGCAGAGGCUGUCCACCCAGAUGAGCUGGAAGAGGAGUUCGACACCUUUCCGACAUCGAAGCCGCAGGAUAUGGUCCAGAUGAGGUAUGAUAGGCUUCGCAGUGUGGCAGGGAGGAUACAGACGGUGGUUGGAGACAUGGCGACGCAGGGGGAGAGGCUGCAGUCUCUGUUGAGCUGGAGGGAUCCAAGGGCUACUUUCCUCUUCAUCCUGUUCAGUCUUUGUGCAGCGGUGGUGCUGUAUGUGGCUCCCUUCAGGGUGGUGGCUCUAGCGGCCGGCCUCUACACACUUCGCCACCCCAGGUUUCGGAGCAAGCAGCCGUCCGUUCCAAGCAAUUUCUUCAGGAGAUUGCCAUCCCGAAUUGACAGCAUGCUCUGAUAGAGAGCAUCAACAUGCCCAAGUCUCUCUGCUUGUUAUUGUUGCUGAAUUCUAUUGUUUCCUUUCGAUUCUGACGGAUGUUUGCCUUUUAACCUUACGUUGCUACAAAAUAAGAGAUGAGAACCACACUUUCCAAGCCGUUGACAGAGUGAUGUAUAAUUUGAUUCAUUUGUUUGUAAUAAUAUGUUUCGUGUAUUCUUCAUAAAA